AGUCCCAGAAGAGGAGCAUCUGAAAACUCAGCAUUAUUGACUUGGAUUAAUUCCGAAGAUCUAAGUUCCAUUAUGGCCGAAGAAGUCUUGCUGUUUGGUGUGUGGGGAAGCCCUUUUAGUCGAAGAGUAGAGAUGGCUCUAAAACUGAAAGGAAUCCAAUACAAAUAUUUUGAAGAAGACUUAACCAACAAGAGUCCUACCCUUCUCAAAUACAACCCCAUUCACAAGAAAAUUCCGGUCCUGGUACACAAUGGAAAGCCUAUAGCUGAGUCCCAGGUUAUUCUCGAAUACAUCGAUGAGACCUGGAAAGGCUAUCCCAUAUUUCCCAAAGAUCCCUACGAGAGAGCCAACGCACGUUUCUGGGCCAAAUUCAUUGACGAAAAGUGUUUGCCUGGGAUAUUCAAUGCUUGCUGGGGUGAAGAGAAACAGCAUGAGAAUGCUGUAAAAGAAGCAUGUGAACUUCUAAAGCAUCUGGAAAACGAGAUCGGAGAAAAGAAGUAUUUUGGAGGAGAGGCGAUUGGAUUUCUAGACAUUGUUGCUAACUUCAUAGGGUUUUGGUUAGGAAUAUUUGAAGAAGCUUCAGGUACAAAGUUGUUGACAAGAGAGGAAUUUCCCAAACUUAGCAACUGGGUUGGUGUGUUCGUGAGCAGCAGUGGCAUCAAAGAAAAUCUUCCUCCGGCCAGAGACAAAUUAAUCGCCUACUUUCGAAGUCAAUUUGGGACAGGAAGUACCGAUGCCACCAAAUAGAAGAAGAAGAAGAAGAAGAGCACUUCGUCCGUAACAUGCACUCGCAGUUAGUGAAAGAAUUAUAUUUCUAUAUGUAUUUCAUGUAAUGUAAUCUAUCUGUACGUGCGUCAUAAAUAAGUACUUGUGUACGGCUUGUUAUUUUCAUGUAAUUAUAUUUCGUUAUCAUGUCCUUUUAAUUGCCAUAAUUUGUGUAGGUUGUACGGGCGAAUGUCUGUUACUAUCGUGUUUAAUAUGAAACUUACAGAUAUCUAUUCAUAUU